AUGGGCUCCCACCUGCUGCUCAUGCUGAUGCUGCUUCAGGCAGUUUGGAAAGGUGGUCUGGGAAAAUCCCAUUCACUGCACACCAGAGGAAUCAUCGAAUUGGCAGGAGCUAUAUCAUGUGGCACAGGACGAUCUCCCUUGGCAUAUAUAGGCUACGGAUGCUACUGCGGACUGGGAGGACAAGGCUGGCCUAAAGAUAAAACAGACUGGUGCUGCCACAGGCAUGACUGCUGCUAUGACAAAGCAGAGAAGGAAGGCUGCAGCCCCAAGGCCCAGCGGUACCAGUGGGCAUGUGAGCAGAACACUGUGCAGUGUGAAAACCUGACAGACCGCUGUGAGAAAAUGGUGUGCUUAUGUGACCAGGAAGCAGCCAAAUGUUGGGGAGCAGCCCCAUACAACCCACACUUGAUCCUCUGGCCAGACUUUUUAUGUGGACAGACUCAUCCCACCUGCCAUUUCAGAUAUGGGGGGCCAGAAUAAACUUUUUGGGACCUUUCUUCUAAUCCUUUGAACCUGAAGGUGCUGGAAUAAAAUUUUACCUCUUAUACCAGAGC